AAUUUGUUUGCUAUUCAUAGAAAAAUUAUGAUAAAUGAAUAAUUCACUACAUUGACUGUCGUUGAAGAAGAGGAAAAGCAUGUGCUUUCUUUUUCUCAUCCUUGUUCACGCAACAACAAAGAAGACAAAAUACUUGUAAAAAUGUACAGAAGCUUAAAGGACAGACAACUAAAGAAACAAAAAAAGUGGCAAAUCGGUCAUUUGACCAUAAGGAACGUAGCAUGUUAACAGUAAAGCAAAUCUCUGCAACAAAACCUGUCUCUUUGAUACCCUUCUCUUUCAUUUUUCAAGACAGACAUCCUCUUUUCUUCUCCCUCCCUCUUAAAUACCCUUAUUAUCAUACACUGUUUUCUUGUCACUUCUCAAACUUUUCAGUUUUUUGUUUUCAUUCUCUAACCAAAACCAUGGUUUUCUUACCAAAACUCUCCCUUCUUGUUCUCAACUUUUGUUUUGUGUGGGCGUUCAUGACUAUUACUCUUGUGUUUUCUCAGCCUGCUCUUAACAUGGUGGAACAAGAAUCAGUUUACAAUGUUCUUGAGUCUAUUAACUCCGAAAUCCCGUGGCGUUCUUUAUUCCCUGAUGAUCUCUGUUCCUCUUCCCCACAUGGGGUUGUUUGUGACUACUUUGUUCAAGAAAACUCAAACACAACAUUUACUGCUCAUGUAACUGAGAUUAGUCUUGGUUAUGUCUCAGAUUAUGCUCCUAACCCUCCUUGUACUCCUAAUAGUACUCUAAAUGCUUCCCUUUUCGCCCCUUUUUCUUACCUAAGAAAGAUCUUUGUUUACGGAUGUUUCGUUGAAAAUGAGGUUUCUUUGCUUGACUUUGGGUCUUUGCCUUCUUCUGUUGAGGAGCUGGUUUUCAUGGAGAACCCGGGUCUUGUUGGCGUUUUAAGUGAAAAAGUUGGUAACUUGACGAGUUUGAGGAGGUUAGUUUUGAGUGGAAGUGCUGUUUCUGGGAAAAUACCAGAUGGGGUUGGUGGUUUGAUCAACUUAGAGCAGUUGACACUUUCAAGAAACAAAUUUGGUGGUGAAAUUCCAGUGGGAUUAAAUAGUCUGAAGAAACUCAGGGUUCUUGAUUUCAGUCAAAAUGAGCUUGAAGGAAAUAUUCCUGAGUCUAUAGGAAACUUGACUCAAGUUUUGAAGCUUGACUUUAGCUACAACAAAUUGUCUGGAAAAAUUCCUCAAAGUUUAAAGGGUUUGAAGAGUUUGGAGUUUUUGGACUUGAGUUACAAUCAUUUUGCCAAUAUUGGGAUUCCAUUGUUUUUGGCAGAGAUGCCUAGUUUGAGGGAAGUGUAUCUGAGUGGGAAUUUACUAGGAGGGAAAAUUCCAGAAAUAUGGGAGAAUCUUGGGGGUAUAGUAGGGAUAGGAUUAUCAAAAACAGGACUAAUUGGGAAUAUUCCUUCUUCUAUGGGUGUAUAUUUGAAAAAGAUUUGCUAUUUGGGGCUUGAUAAUAACAAGUUGGAAGGGACAUUGCCUGAAGAGUUUGGGGCAUUAGAACAUGUGAAUGAGUUACAUUUGCAGAACAACAAUUUGAGUGGAAAACUUCCAUUCUCUGCACAAUUUGUCUCCAAAGUUGGAGAAAAGUUGAAAUUGGAAGGCAACCCUCAACUUUGUGCAGAUGAAGACUUGAGAAUUUCUAAUGUUAGUGGUAGCUUGGGGCAACUAAAGUUGUGUAACAAAGCCUAUGUUCCCAAAUAUGUCCCUUUCUCUAGAGCAUCUUCACUGUUACCUGCUUCAUAUUAUCUUAUUUUUCUUGUAAUUUUAUGUUUCCUGUGCUAGUGGACAAUCUUGGACAUAUACUGAUCAAUGACUUAAGGAUAGGAAAUUGUUGAUAGACAUUUUUUUGGGUUUCUAGUAGAAUUUACUAUCUGUUUUUUUUUUUUCGGGGUUCAAGGAGAAAAAAUCCAAGAGAUGUAAUUAUUAAGUUCUUAAUUUCAGGAGUUUUCAUAUAGCAAACAUUCUUGGUUUUCUAUUUUCAGUUUUUAACUGCAAUGUU